AUGGAUAGCCCUUUAAACGGUGAUGAAAAAGACACUCGGACCCCCUUGAGGACGUUCACCAGCUCUAUAACAUGGCCCUGCUACACGGUCGCGCUCAGCUUCGGGGGAACGGCUGCUCUUCUCAAGCAGACACCUAAUCGUUUUACCGGCCUCGACGUCAUCGGAAUCAUUGUCUUCAUGAUUUCUCUAACGAUUUUCACCAUCGUGUCGCUGUGUAUGAUGUUCGAAUCUCUGAUGGCUUUCAAAGCCUCGACCGAAGUGACCGAGCCAUCAGUCUCCCCUCAAUUCUUCCGCUACAAAGCGCCGCAGGAAUUAUUUCUCGUUCCAACCUGUCUACUCGCGUUCGCAACCAUUCUCAUAAAUACCACCAGCUAUGGUUCGCCCCAUGUCGGGGAAUGGCUUCCCAUUGUCAUGAACGUCCUCUUCUGGGUAUACACCGGAAUCGCACUGGCCGUGUCCAUCAUCCUCGGCUGGCGCCUGCCUUCCUCCGGCGUCAGUACCGACAAGCAUUUCGCCAUUGUUCGUAUCAUGCCAUUCUUCCCGCCAAUGCUCUCCGGCACCCUGGCCGGCACACUGGCGAACAGCCAGCCACCAUCGCGCGCCAUUCCCAUGCUCAUCGGCGGGACGACGAUGCAGGGGCUGGGCUUCCUGAUGUUUCUCAUGGUCCUCGCGCAAUGUCUCAUCGAGUUCAACAACGAAGGUCUUCCCGAGGCGUACUACCGCCCGGAAAUGUUCAUUACCGUCGGCCCGCCCAGUUUCACGAUCAUCGCGUUCAUCGGCAUGGCCACCGCGGCUGUCGAGAAGUUCCCAGACCAUUAUAUCGCCCAGGCGACAUCCGUCCGCACAGCGGACGUGUUGCUUAUCGUGGCGGUCUUCGCGAGCAUUCUACUCUGGACGCUCGCGUUCUUCCUCUUCUGCGUGUCGAUGAUUAGCGUGUUGCAGGCACUCUGGAAGAAAGAGACCAGUUUUGGAUUGCUCUGGUGGAGCAUGGUGUUUCCGAAUGUCGGGUUCGUGUUGGCCACGGCGAAGAUCUCGACGGCGUUGAGCUCCGUGGCGAUCGGCUGGGUGGCUACGGCCAUGACGCUGUUGCAGGUGGCGUUGUGGUUGACGAUGACGGCGUUGCAGUCGAGGGCUUUGGUUAAGAAGGGGAUAGAGAUGCGCAAGAAGUGCUAG